AUGUUCUACUGUUCGUCUAACCAAACGAAAAUUUAUCCACCGAUGAGUUUCGACGUUUACAAUCACGCGAUUAUUCCCAAGUUUAAUACUCGCGGACAACUUUCGUUCCGAUCGAUCAUCAGCGAUCGCGAGGAGUCAGUCAGGCUGACUCAUCGUCCUUUGGAUCAUGAAGACUUCCGCGUUGCACUCCCUAGCUUCAAGGUCGCACGAAUCGGUCGCUCUGUUGGUUUACUGCAGGCAAAUCAGGCGGGUCCAGGCGGCGCGGUGGCUGUUGAACCCGUCCCAAUAGCGGCUACUUGGCAACCGACCAGCCUGCCGGCCAGGCCAAAACGACCAUUUCAAAAAUGCAGAUCACGUGGACGAUUGGACGUGUACAAAUAA